AUGCGUACUUCUUCUACUCUCUCAACUGUCAAUAGGAUGAAUUCGGGACAAAAUAGGUUUCGUGGAGUUGGAGUUGUUCAUUCGAGCAGUGAAGUGGUAGCCAUUGAUGAUCGGGAAGUGGAGGGAGUUGGUGAGAAGAAGAGAGAAAAACCGAGGGUUUUAAAAGUCGGGUUAAUUUGCGGAGGCCCAUCUGCUGAGCGAGGGAUUUCGCUUAAUUCCGCGAGAUCAGUGCUUGAUCAUAUUCAGGGGGAUGAUCUUCAUGUUAGCUGCUAUUACAUUGAUCCAAAUCUCAAUGCAUAUGCAAUAUCAUCUGCCCAGGUUUAUUCAAAUACUCCUGCUGAUUUUGACUUCAAACUUGAGAGCCUGGCACAAGGAUUCGAGACUUUGACUGAGUUUGCAGAACACCUGGCUGCUUAUGUGGACAUAGUUUUCCCUGUUAUACAUGGUCGAUUUGGUGAAGAUGGAGGCAUUCAGGAGCUUCUAGAAAAAUCAAAUGUUCCAUUUAUUGGCACAAGAUCAAAAGAAUGUCGAACUGCAUUUGACAAGUAUGAUGCUUCCUUGGAGCUUAAGAGACAAGGAUUCAUAACAGUUCCCAACUUUGUACUUCAGGGAAAUGAAUUGGAUGAAUCUGGAUUAUCAAGUUGGUUUUCCAACAAUCAACUAGAUGUUAACUCAGGGAAAGUUGUGGUGAAACCAACAAGAGCAGGAUCAAGUAUUGGAGUUACAGUUGCAUAUGGUGUUAAUGACUCCCUAACCAAAGUUAGAGAAAUUAUGUCUGAGGGGAUUGAUGAUAAGGUUAUAGUUGAAAUUUUUCUUGGAGGAGGAAAAGAGUUUACAGCAAUUGUUCUUGAUGUUGGUUCUGAUUCUAACAAACAGCCAGUUGUUUUUCUUCCAACUGAGGUGGAGCUUCAAACAAGCAACAAUGGUGACAUAAGUGAGAAGGAUGCAAUAUUUAACUACAGGAGGAAGUAUCUUCCCACUCAACAGGUUGUUUAUCACACUCCACCUCGUUUUCCAUUAGAUGUAAUUAACAAAAUUCGAGAAGGGGCUUCUAUUUUAUUCAAAAAGCUUGGUUUAAGGGAUUUUGCAAGAAUUGAUGGUUGGUUCUUACCUCCUUCUGCUGCCAUGUCAGCAUCAGAAGCAAAUGAUUUUGGGAAGACAGAAUCAGGAACUGUUAUAUUUACUGAUAUUAACUUGAUUAGUGGAAUGGAGCAAACAAGUUUCCUAUUUCAACAAGCUUCAAAGGUUGGAUUUUCACACUCCAAUAUCCUAAGAACAAUCAUUCAGCAUGCUUGUUUACAAAAGGUGUUUGUGAUAUUUGGUGGAGAUACUUCUGAACGCCAGGUGUCCCUUAUGAGUGGGACUAAUGUUUGGCUCAAUCUUCAAGUAUCUGGUGAUCUUGAAGUAACUCCUUGUUUGCUUGCUCCUGGAAACGAUGAUUCACCAGAGGCGACUGAUGUUGGCUCAAGGGCAGUUUGGUCAUUACCUUAUUCUCUUGUUCUGAGACAUACAACAGAAGAAGUUGUUGAUGCAUGCACAGAGGCACUUGAUCCUACACGUGCUGAAUUGACUUCCAAAUUGAGAAAAAAAGUGAUGGAUGAAAUAGAAGAUGGUUUAAAGAAACACAAUUGGUUCAAAGGUUUUGAUAUAUCAGAUCAACAACCGAUUAAAUUCACACUAAACAAAUGGAUAAAGGUAGCCAAACAAGUUCAAGCAACUGUUUUCAUUGCAGUGCAUGGAGGCAUAGGUGAAGAUGGAACACUUCAGUCAUUGCUGGAAGCUGAAAAAGUAACUUACACAGGUCCUGGAUUUUCGGCUUCAAAGAUAUGUAUGGACAAAGUUGCAACUUCUCUCUCAGUUAACCAUCUUACUAGCUUUGGGGUUCUUACUAUAAAUAAAGAUGUUAGGAGAAAAGAAGAUCUUUUGAAUUCAUCUUGUUUUGAUGUUUGGGGUGAAGUGACAUCAAAGCUGAAAUGUGAAACUUUGUGUAUUAAACCAGCAAGAGAUGGAUGCUCCACUGGAGUUGCAAGAAUCUGCUGUGCUAGUGACCUUGGUGUUUAUAUAAAAGCAUUAGAAGAUUGUCUUCCUCGAAUUCCUCCAAAUAGUUUGAAUAAGGCGCAUGGUGUGAUUGAGAUGCCAGUUCCUCCACCCGAGUUUUUAAUCUUUGAACCUUUUAUUGAAACGGAUGAAAUUACAAUUAUACCCAAAUCAAAAACCAGAAACGAAGGGCUUUUAUGGAAAGGAAAAAGUCGAUGGGUUGAAAUAACAGUUGGAGUAAUCGGGAAACGAGGCUCCAUGCGUUCUUUAAUGCCUAGUGUCACUGUUAAAGAAAGUGGUGACAUAUUAUCACUUGAAGAGAAAUUUCAAGGUGGAACAGGGAUUAAUCUUACCCCACCCCCACUCUCAAUAAUGAGCACUGAGGCAUUGAUGAAAUGUAAAGAACGCAUUGAGCUUAUAGCCAACACCCUGGAGCUCGAAGGAUUUUCUCGUAUUGAUGCAUUUGUUAAUGUUGAUAAUGGCGAGGUUUUAGUUAUUGAAGUGAAUACUGUGCCCGGAAUGACGCCUUCAACUGUCUUGAUUCAUCAGGCGCUUGCAGAGGAGCCUCCGGUGUACCCUCAUGUGUUUUUCCGUACACUAUUGGAUUUGGGUUCCCAAAGAUUCAUGUAAAUGUAAAUCUCAAGAGAAUAAGAAUUAAUGAAUAUCUUCUUCUUUCGAGUUGAUAUUUUGUUAAAACACAUUAAGUCUUUAAUGCUUUUGUUUUCUAUAUUUAUUUAUGUAAUUUUCAUAAACAUGCUUCCACAAUUGAGUAAAGGGAUGAUUCACCAUGUUAAUGUCAUAAAUGGGUGAUGAACUAUUUUUUUUCAUAAAAUAUUAUUAAAAAAUAAA